CCCCGACGGCCUGGACUGCAGCCUGGACAACCUGAUGGUGGACCUGGUGGUGGCGGCGGCCGGGGCGCUGGGCGGGGAGGCCUGUAGCAGCUGUGUCCAGGCGUACCAGCGGCUGGACCAACACGCUCAGGAAAAAUAUGAGGAGUUCGACCUCUUGCUGGAGAAGUACUUGCAAUCGGAAGAGUACUCGGUCAGAUCCUGCCUGACGGACUGCAAGGCUGUCUACAAGGCGUGGCUGUGCUCCGAGUACUUCAACGUGACCCAGCAGCAGUGCCGGCAGCGGAUCCCAUGCAAGCAAUACUGCCUGGAGGUGCAGACCAGGUGCCCCUUCGUGUUACCGGACAAUGACGAGCUGAUCUAUGGAGGUUUGCCUGGCUUCAUCUGUACGGGGCUGCUGGAGAACCAGCUGCCCAACGAGGAGGCCAAGUGCUGCGAGGUGCAAUGGGACUCCUGCGAGCACCCCCCAGACAGCAACGAGGACACAUCCCCCAAAUCCACGGCGUCAGAGUCACUCCAUUUCCACCGCCACGACCCCCACCUCCAUCACCAGAGGCAGAACCACUACCACCUCUACCACCACCACCACCACCAGUACCACCAGUACCACCAGCCCCAUUCCCCGUCCUUGCUGCCGGUCUCCGCGGGGUCUCGCCUCAGCAGCAGCAGCAGGAUCAGACUGUGUGUGCUGGUCCUGAUGCUCCUCCACACCAUGGUGUCCUUCUCGAGCGUGCACGGCGGCGCUGGGGGGCUCAGCCUGGAGGCCCCACCUGCCCUGGAGGAGAGCGUGGCACGGGACGAGUGACACAGAGGGCAGAGCCGACCUCCAAGGAGAACACCAGAUCUUUUUCCACAAGGGGGGCACAUGCUAUUCCUCCAAUGGGAGGCACGGGAUUGGGGGUGGCGCACACGCACCCCCGCACAUCCCCCAAGAGCUGCUCGCGGGGCAUCCCCGUGGUGAAGAGUCUCUAACGCGCACAGGGCUGCGGGACCCGGCGCCAGAAGGGUUCGGGCAGGGCCAGCAUUCCCGGCCCCGCAGGCGCCGGGCGGGCAGGAACAGCACGGGGGCGGGGAGACCGAGGGGAGGGGUCCCUUGGAAUCGAAGGGUGUCCCCAUGGGACUGCCGAGGGUCCCCCGGCCGCUGCCGCGAGUGCCUUGGGCGCCCGCGCCUCCCCCUCGCGCCGUGCCGAGGUUUGACGGUCGGCCCAGCCCUCGUUCCUUUUCUCCUGGGUCUGUGAAUCCCGAGGGAGCAGGCUGAGGGGCAGCACCUCCCGGCACAGCCUGGCCCACUCCUGUCCCAGGGAAAAGCCACCGGCUCGGGGCAGACUCGCCCUGGUGGGGUGCAGUGUCCUCAGUGUGGCGCUGCCUCGCUGGUGACUUUUGGGGACAGGAGUGGGACGCUGUGACACUGCACUGUGGUACCACUCGGGGUUGGUCUCACUGCAUCCCAGCCUGCUCCUCCAGCCUGGCCUUUCCUUCUCCUCUAUGCGAGGAGGAGGAGAGGGAGGAGGCAUGGAGCAGGAGGGAUGUCCCCAGCAUUCCCACAUCCCACUUUGCCAAGUGUCCUGAUGAUUUGGUGUAACCUUUUCUGUUGUCCUUCCUGGCUGGUGAGACUGGUCUCAGUGAGGAGUUGGGGAGAUGUGACUCCAGCAGCACACAGGCUGUGAGGGAGAGGGUUCCCAUGUGGCAACAGUUUGGAUGCAGGGAA